UUUAUAUUUUUUUAACGAUCACCCUAUAUCAACGUCUAUUUCUCGCACACCCUGUAGAAUGUUGGGAAUGUUUUGUUUCUGGAAGUCCCCGAGUGUUGGCAGCACUGUUUGCUCUGUUUUGACAACUACUGUAACCUUACAUUUCAAUUUUUUACUCUCCGAUUUCCGGAAUUGUAGUUCUAGUAAAUUUUCAAGUUCUGGACUGAACUCCUUUUCUAAGAUGUCUCAGAAAGUGGAUUGGGCAAAAUACGUCGCAGAAACAGAGCAAAAUAUUACAAAUAAGGUGAGGACUAGUUUUUAAGUUGUUGAGCCAACCUAUUGAGAAUAUCCAUCUUAUAGCUCAACACUGUAGAGAUCAGCAGUAGCGAGGAAGAAAAGAAAGAAAAAGUCAAAGAAAACGAUGAAAACGCACCGGAACAAUUCAGCCCGGCCGAAGCUAGUUUGCUGGCUAAAAUAAUUCGUAAAGGGCUUGUAGAAAACAAAAACAGCAUUGAAGUACAAAGGAAAGAUCCCAAAUCUCCGCUGUACUCCAUCAAAUCGUUUGAAGCUUUGAAUCUCGCACCCAAUCUUCUGAAAGGUGUUUAUGGAAUGGGGUUCAAUGCACCCUCAAAAAUACAAGAAACCGCUUUGCCGACAUUACUUGCAGAUCCACCACAAAAUUUGAUAGCGCAAAGUCAGUCUGGCACAGGAAAAACCGCCGCAUUUGUCCUAGCAAUGCUCAGCAGAGUUGAUGUAACUCAAAAUUAUCCUCAAGUGCUCUGCCUAUCACCUACAUAUGAACUAGCAGUUCAAACAGGCGAAGUGGCAGCUCAUAUGGCAAAAUUCUGUCCAGAAAUCGAGAUGAAGUUUGCUGUUAGAGGUGAAGAGGUCCCUAUAGGUACGAAACUCACAGAGCACAUUAUCAUUGGCACCCCAGGCAAAGUGUUAGAUUGGAGCAUGAAGUUUAGAGUUUUUGAUCUCAAGAAAAUAAAGGUGUUCGUGUUAGAUGAAGCUGACGUGAUGAUAGCCCAGCAAGGCCAUCAAGAUCAAUGCAUUAAGAUACAUAAGAAUCUUAGCACUAGUUGUCAAAUGAUGUUCUUCUCGGCUACUUAUGGCCAAGAAGUUAUGGAGUUUGCAGAACACAUUGUCAAGAAUCCUAUUAUUGUCAGACUGAAGAGAGAGGAAGAGAGCUUGGAUAACAUUAAACAAUAUUAUGUUAGAUGUUCAAACCACCAAGAGAAAUACAGUGCCGUGACAAACAUAUAUGGGACUGUCGGCGUAGGCCAAGCGAUAAUCUUCUGUCACACCCGCCGAACUGCAGCUUGGUUGGCAGAACGGAUGACAAAAGACGGUCAUGCCGUCGCCGUUCUUUCGGGAGAUUUGACUGUCGAGCAACGGAUUAGCGUACUUGAUCGGUUCAGAGAAGGCCGUGAGAAGGUUCUCAUUACUACAAACGUACUAGCGAGAGGAAUCGACGUGGAUCAGGUUACCAUCGUAGUUAACUUCGAUCUGCCUGUGGAUACUAGUGGAAAGGCGGAUUGCGAAACGUACUUGCAUAGAAUCGGACGUACUGGAAGAUUUGGCAAAGUUGGAAUCGCGAUAAAUCUGGUCGACUCCGAGGAGGCUAUGAACGUCUGCAAGACUAUCGAGAAGCACUUCAACAAAAAAAUCCAUUACUUGGAUGCAGAAGAUUCGGAUGAAAUCGAAAAAAUUGGAAAUUAAAAACAUAUACAUAUUUAAAAAUAAGGGUUAAUUUUUACUGUGAAGUCCGGUUAAGCGAACCGAUUCCUAAGUUAUUAUUCUGUAACGUAUGCUUAAGAAAUGUUAGAUGCUUACUUUUUAUAAUGAAUGUUUAAUUUAAGUGACUGUUUUCCGGAAAAUUCUGCUGUUGAUAUUCCUAUGAAACUUGGAAAAAAUAAAUCGUAUCUAG